CUGGCACUGCUCACUGCUGCCAGCCAGUUCACAGAACAUAGGAAGGUCAUUCAUGUUUUGUUUUUGUGUUUUUGUCACAUAUGCAUAGAAAGAUGAACAUGUGUGAAGUAAGAGGUGGAUGUUGCAUGGACUGCAAAUGAAACCCAGGGAAUCUUUUAGAUCCCCAACAGGACUAAAUAAGCAUUUGUAAGUCUGCUUACAACAUCUUUUUUCAAACAUCAGACUUUCCAUCCUGGAUUCUUAUCAGAGAAGUUUUGGUAGAUUGGGUAACACACAGGAUCAGUGAAGACAUUGGAAUGAGGACGCUGACUCAGUAAGUGGCCACGUUGACUGCUAAGGUAGUCUACCACAGUGGAGUUUACAGUCAUUCCUCAACAUGAUGGCCUACCAGAUAUGUUGUUGCUGUGGUCCAACCCCUUGCACACUGUGCUGCUCCUUCUGUCCACCUGUCAAAUCAUCCUCCAGUACACGUGGCAUAUACACUCUGUUCCACAUCCUGGCCUGCACCGUCUCCUGCCUCAUGCUGUCACAGACUGUCUCCGAGGUCGUGCAGGAGAAAGUGCCUUUCUUUAACAUGGUGUGUGAUGAAGCCCAUGGCGGUGGUAACUGCGAGAUGCUGGUUGGGUACUCUGCCGUCUAUAGGGUCUGUUUGGGCACGGCCUGCUUUUACCUGAUGAUGGCUCUCCUCCUCAUCAACGUCAAGUCCAGCCAGGAUUUGCGAGCUAUCAUUCACAAUGGGUUCUGGUUCUGGAAAUUCAUCACUUUAGUUGGGAUGGUUGGUGCUGCCUUUUAUAUCCCUACUGAUUCUUUCCUGCAUGUCUGGCACUACGUUGGAGUCGUAGGAGGUUUUGCCUUCAUACUCAUUCAGCUGAUCCUCAUCACUGCUUUUGCUCACACUUGGAAUAAGAACUGGUUAACUGGAGCAGCUGAGGAUAAGAAGUGGUACGCAGCGGUCAUGUGCGCCACGCUCUUCUUCUAUGCUGUCACCACCACAACAUUCACCUUCAUGUACAAGUACUACACGCAUCCGGCCGCAUGCCGUCUCAACAAAGCACUGUUAUGGACCAACCUGGGCCUGUGUGCCAUCAUGUCCUUCAUUGCCAUGACGCCCUGCGUCCAGGAAAAGCAGCCCCGCUCAGGUCUGCUACAGGCCUCUAUCAUCAGCUGCUACAUCAUGUACCUGACCUUCUCUGCCUUGUCCAGCCGCCCACCUGAGAAAGCGGAGUACGAGGGGGUCAACAGGACGAUGUGUCACCCUAACGUUGGUAGGGAUGAGAUUCAGAACAAAGGGAAUGCCAUAGCCAUUAUAGGAACCGCCCUCAUGUACUGCUGCGUGCUGUUCGCAUGCAACGAGGCGUCCUACCUGGCUGAGGUCUUUGGACCUUUUUGGAUGAUCAAAGUUUAUCGAUAUGAGUUCCAGAAAGCCACUUGUUGUUUCUGCUGUCCGGAAGAAGAGAAGGUGGUGGAAGAGGUCAUAAUGCACGAAAAGAACAAAGGCUGUCAGCAGGUGAUCCACGACGAGACUCGCCGUGUGGUCUACAGCUACUUCUUUUUCCAUUUUGUCUUCUUCCUUGCUUCCCUCUACGUCAUGAUGACCCUCACUAAUUGGUUCAGCUAUGAGACGGCAGUGUUGGAGACCACCUUCACUCAUGGCAGCUACUCCACGUUCUAUGUAAAGCUAGCCUCCUGCUGGGCCUGUGUGGCGCUCUACCUCUGGCUCCUGCUAUCCCCGCUGUGCCACUGUCGCUCAGACCACACGCGGCCGCGUCGCUCCCGGAUCAAGAGACGGACGGCUACCCACCGUCUUGUCCGAGUGAGUGUAUGAGUCAGCCCCCAGAGCUGUGGAGG